GCGGCGGGCGGCGGACGCGGGCCGGCGGCGCCUCCACUCGCCCCCUCGCUGGCUGCCCGCUCCCUUUUGUCUUUGUGCGUGGCGAUGAGCGCAGGGCCGGCGCGGUGGCUGUGGACGCACGGACGCGGGCGCUCCUAGCUCCCUCCGGCCUCGGCGCUUGUCCCAGGCGGCGGCCCGCGCCCGCCGCAGCACCCGCGCGGCCGAACUUGGGCUCGGGAAGCCAGCGGACUGCGUCCUGCGCCGGAGCCGGGGCAUGGUCUAGUGGCCUGGCCAAGGACGUGGAAGCAGCCUCUGGAGGCCCUGCCCCCUGCUGCACCCCAGCCUCUGCUUGGCCUCAGGCAUAGCUGCCGCCGUCGGACACCAUGGGCAAACAGAACAGCAAGCUGCGGCCUGAAGUGCUGCAGGACCUGCGGGAGAACACGGAGUUCACGGACCACGAGCUGCAGGAGUGGUACAAGGGCUUCCUCAAGGACUGCCCCACCGGCCACCUGACCGUGGACGAGUUCAAGAAGAUCUACGCCAACUUCUUCCCCUAUGGUGACGCCUCUAAGUUCGCCGAGCAUGUCUUCCGCACCUUCGACACCAACGGGGAUGGCACCAUUGACUUCCGGGAGUUCAUCAUCGCGCUCAGUGUGACGUCACGGGGCAAGCUGGAGCAGAAGCUCAAGUGGGCCUUCAGCAUGUACGACCUGGACGGCAACGGCUACAUCAGCCGCAGCGAGAUGCUGGAGAUCGUGCAGGCCAUCUACAAGAUGGUGUCCUCCGUGAUGAAAAUGCCGGAGGACGAGUCGACCCCCGAGAAGCGAACGGACAAGAUCUUCAGGCAGAUGGACACCAACAACGAUGGCAAGCUGUCCCUGGAGGAAUUCAUCAAAGGUGCCAAGAGCGACCCAUCCAUCGUGCGGCUGCUGCAGUGCGACCCGAGCAGCGCCAGCCAGUUCUGAGCAGGGGCCUGCGAUGGCCGCCGGCACGCACGGCUCGCCUCGCUGCUCAGCUUUGCUCGCACACAUGGCCGCCUCCACCACCCUCCUGCUGCACCAGGGGCCGCGACCACGGCUCCUCCCCCAGCCAGCCCAGCCCUGGCCAACCCUACAGGCUGCACUUCCUCCUCUGCCCGGUCCCCAAUCCCACCCUGCUCCCCCCAGGCUACCAUUCCAGGAGAGUUCUGGUGUCCACUUGAGAGAACAGUCCUGGGAACCCAGGCAGGACGGGCCCCAGGCCCCCCGAUUCACCUGUGAUCCUGGGUGCUUGUGGGCCAGGCAGGGACGGAGGGAGUGUGGAUGGCAAGUUGUUCCGGUGCAUGGCUGCACCUGCCCUGGUCCCCACCACAGCCACCUGCACGUGUGUGCGCUGCGCACUCCUUUCUUCUCAUUCCCAAACGACACGUCCAGUGAAGUGAAUUGUAUUGUGUAGGGCUGUAUCUCACACCUCUGGUUGCCUUGGCUGCGUGGCUCCUCCUCCGUGAGCCCGGUUGUCCUGUGGUAUUCGUGCAUCCUGCCAGCCGCUUGUCUCCCAGAGAAACGCAUGCCCAGUGCCGUGGUGAUGCCACCGUCCGCCUAACGAGCACAAGCGUUUGUGUGUGGUUUGUCUUCCUUGUUGAUUGGUCUGGCAUUUCUGGUAUUAAAGUGAUCAAAUAAACAGAAUCCCUGA